GUCGUAGUCUGUGCUACGUCGCCGCGCGCCAUGGCUGUUCUGAGAUCAGCUGUACCGGUAUUUAACGCGCCUCGUGCUCCGCUCAGUUUAUGAAACGCUCAGUCUGAGAAGCAGGGGUCACUUCGGUGGAGUUUCGUGGAAAAACGUCUGUGAAGAAGCAGACGACAGGCUGACUACUGAGCAGACAUCAAUGCAAUGCUGCUUCUCAGGCGCUGCCGGAGCCUGACUCGACUUAGCGCCAUCGGCAUUCAAAGGCCUCAGGCGGCUCCUUGUUUUGCAUCUCCUGCAAUUCGUCUCUGUAGCAGCAGCACGGAGGAUCAGAGAUCACACCACCGUGCCAACUGGAAACGUAUUGUUGCUGGGGUGCUGACUGGUACCGGGGCUGUACUGACCUACGGUCUACUCCACCAAGAGGUUGAGCAAGCGGACGCUGGCUUGCCCCCCACAGAGAGGAGCUCCUCUCUUCCUGUCUUCAGCCACGAUGAAGUCACAAAGCACCGCUCUCUGGAAGACGGCGUGUGGGUCACGUACAAGGGAGGCGUCUAUGACGUCACCGAGUUUGUGCCGAUGCACCCUGGUGGGAAUAAAAUCUUGCUAGCAGCAGGUGGUGCCCUGGAACCUUUCUGGGCCCUGUAUGCUGUUCAUGACCAGGAAUAUGUGUUGGAGAUCCUCUCAAAAUACAAGGUUGGCGAGCUGAGUGCAGAGGACCUGAAGAAGCAGGGCGAAGCCAAAGAGUCGGACCCCUACUCUUCGGACCCCGAGCGCCACCCGGUGCUCCGGAUCAACAGCAAGAAGCCGUUCAAUGCCGAGCCUCCUCCUGAGAUCCUGACGGAGAGCUACAUCACUCCCCAUGUGUUGUUCUUCAAGCGGAACCACCUGCCCGUUCCUCAGGUGGACCCGGCUUCAUAUCGCCUCCAGGUGGAGGGCCUGCCCAGAGGAGCGCUGACUCUGUCAUUAAAGGACUUGAAGACCCGGUUCCCCAAACACACAGUCACGGCUACGCUGCAGUGUGCCGGGAACCGCCGCAGUGACAUGAACCAGGUAAAGGAGGUGAAAGGAUUGAACUGGGGCAUUUCUGCUAUUGGGAACGCCAAAUGGAGCGGAGCGCGGCUCAGAGACGUGCUACUGGCUGCUGGGUUUGGCCCAGACGUGGCCAAAUGGGCCCGCCACGUUCACUUUGAAGGACUGGAUAAAGAUGUGACGGGGUCAGCAUAUGGAACCUCGAUCCCCAUCAACAAGGCCAUGAAUGAGGACGGCGACGUGCUGCUGGCGUAUGAAAUGAACGGCGAGGAUAUCCCUGCGGAUCACGGCUUCCCUGUGCGGGUCGUGGUUCCGGGCGUUGUGGGAGCGCGCAACGUGAAGUGGCUGGGGCGGAUUGUGGUCAGCGCAGAGGAGAGCAGCAGCCACUGGCAGCAGCACGACUACAAAGUCUUCUCCCCGGGGACGGACUGGAGCAAGGUCGACCACACGUCCUCUCCAGCCAUCCAGGAGCUGCCCGUCCAGUCCGCCAUCACCGUCCCAGCAGACGGAGCCCAGAUCGACCACAGCGACGAAACGCUGACCGUCAAGGGCUACGCAUGGAGUGGCGGCGGCAGAGAGGUGGUGCGGGUCGACGUCUCUCUGGAUGGAGGGAAGACGUGGCAGGUGGCUCAGCUGAGGAGCGGGGACAAAGGUCAACCGGAUGAGCCUUCGCCUCCUCCGGGUCGAUCCUGGGCCUGGAAGCUGUGGGAGCUGACGGCUCCUCUUCCUCCUGACGCUGACGAGCUGGAGAUUAUCUGCAAGGCGGUGGAUAACGGCUACAACGUGCAGCCGGACACAAUCCCGCCCAUCUGGAACCUGAGAGGCCUGCUGAACAACGCCUGGCACAGAGUGAAGGUCAAGGUCACCUAGGAUUAGAGGGAGGCCUGGCCCAAAGCUCAUCAUCAGGGAGGGAGCUUUGGUUUGUGUCAGGCUGUCUAAAGUUUACAAAGUAUUUAUGUGAUCUUGUUGCUUGGAGAUUUGAAAGAUGAAAGUAUUUUUCAUAUGAAUAAAGUCAAACAUCUCAACAGUAUCUGCAGUUCCACACAGGAAGUUCAGGUUGAUGUAGGGAUUAGAGUUGCACCGAUCAGGCUUUUCCUGAUCAAUACUGAUAUCUGGGUCUCUGACGUCUAACCUGCAGAUUUAGACUUUUUUUUUAACACCAAGACUGUAACCAAGAAAAUAAAAUAUUUCUGCAGUUUAUUUGAUAGCAGUAGUUAUGCUCUUUAUAGAUGUAUAUUUUUUAAAAAGGAUAUUGUAUAAACCUACAUGUCGUUUAUCAACGAGGGUAAGUUAGAGACUACUGAAUGUCUUUAUUUUUUUUUAACAAGUGAUGGUACUGAUUCUAUCGUGAUCAACGAGUGGGAGAAAAUACAAAUCCUUACAUCUAAAUAAAAAAGGACUUUUUUAGAUAAACACAGCAUAUAAUUUACAUCAUAACAUAAACUAACUGAGCAAGGACAAAGAAACACUUGUGUAUAAAUUUGUUUGGGAUUUUCUCUGAAAACUGGAAUUUCUUAAAGCCUUUGUGUAACAUAAUAGCUCAUUUCUUAAUUUGUUAGGGCUGUUAUACAGGGGCCAAAGAGCUAUUGGUUGGACCAUAAAAAAUAGUGAGAGAUCUUGGUUUUGAGGCAUUUAGUGACUAAAUGAGAGCAAAGAAGACACUAAAUUAUCUUUUCCUGACUUCACCCUGUCUGGCAGCAUCCUCCAGGUCACUGAUGAGGUCAGAUAUUUGGGACAUUACAUCUCGGCUGACCUGUCUGAUGACGGAGACAUUUACAGGCAGCGUUGUACUCGAUAUGUACAAGCUAAUAUUCUUCCUCGGAAGUUCUCCAUGUGCUAAUCUGUCAAAAUUGCACUUUUUAAAGCACA